AUGGCCCCAAACAAUCCCCAACUUCAUCCUGCUGCCACUUUCAACAAUCACGGGUUUCACAAACCAUCUCGAUACCUUAGGUAUCUCAAUCAUUUCUAUAAUCGCCCGUUAUAUCCAUCCUUUCCUAUUCAGCCUUCUGCCUUCAGAAAAUAUGAUCUGGAUGUUCCGGAUCUUAUUCACAAGCUUGGCUGGGAUUCUCUGUUUGAGAAUCAACAAUUCAGCCAGUGUCCUGAAGGGGUCAGGAUGUUCUACGCAAGUCUAAAAUGUGGCCCUGGCUCCAGUCCCUCUUUUUUCACCACUGUGGUGUAUAACCAUGAAAUCAGAGUCACAGCCUCUCUCUUGGCUGAAACUCUUGAUCUACCUUGUUUCGGAUCUUCUGCUGCCCCCGAUGAUGACUUUCCUUCCAUUGGUUUUGACUACGGGUCAGCCAUUGAAUCUCUCUCCUAUGAUAUUGGGCGAUACUAUCCUUCCAAACUAUCUGCGGGUCGUCUUGCAGAUAAGUUUAAAGUACUUCAUUUUUUCAUCACCCGAAUCCUGCUUCCUCGUAGCAUUUCCUCCGGUGAACUUGUGCACCCUGCCGAUGCCUGGAUCAUGGUGAAUGCUCGUGAUGGGGUCAACCUUAACUUCUCUACACUCAUGUUUGCUCAUAUGAUUAAAUAUGGUGAUGAGAACUAUUCUGGCCCUCUCCCAUUUGGCCCUCAAAUCACUCGCCUGCUAUCUCGAGUUGGCAUUGACCUUCGCGAUAAACGGCUAGUCUGCGAUGUUCGCGAAGAUCUGCAUGCUCAACACAUCCUCUCUCGUGUUGACGCCCAGGUUGGUCGGAGAAAGCCUGUCAUUUGCUCAGGGGGAGAGUCUGCUGAUGAUACUGCUGAUGAUCCUAAGCAACCGGUUCCUGCUCUGGUGGAGGCUUCAUCUGCAGUACUCAACAGACAAAUCACAGCUAUAAAGCGCAAAGAACUAGCUGGCUUAGAAUUUCAUGCUGCUCGGAUCAAGAUGGCAAAGGAGUCUGAGUUAUCCAACACUCAGGAGGAAGAAGCAGGGGGCAUAUCGGACUAUGAGUCGCCACCUGAAUAUGAUUUUUAA